UACAAGUGCUUGGAGUGUGGGAAGAGCUUCAGCCAGAGGAAAACCCUGAUCUGCCACCAGAUGAUCCACACUGGGGAAUGGCCCUACGAGUGUGGGGAAUGUGGGAAGGGCUUCAGCUACAACUCCCACCUCAUCGUCCACCAGCGCAUCCACACUGGGGAGAGGCCCUACGAGUGUCCCGAGUGUGGGAAGAGGUUUCGGGUCAGCUCCACUCUCCUUGUGCACCAGCGGAUUCACACGGAUGAGAGGCCCUUCCGCUGCUCCGAGUGUGGGGAGGGUUUCCAGCACAACUCCACCCUCAUCAUCCACCGGCGCAUCCACACUGGGGAGAGGCCCUACGAGUGUCCCCAGUGUGGGAGGAGCUUCACCCAGAGCUCUAACUUGACCAGACACCAACGGAGCCACACUGGGGAAUGGCCCUACGAGUGUCCUGAGUGUGGGAAGAGCUUCAGGUGGAGCUCUCAACUCAUCAUCCACCAGCGUAGCCACACUGGGGAGAGGCCCUACGAGUGUCCUGAGUGCGGGAAGAGGUUUCACAGCAGCUCCAAUCUCCUCCUGCACCAGCGCAUUCACACGGAUGAGAGGCCCUUCCGCUGCCCUGACUGUGGGGCGGGAUUCAAGCAGAACUCCCACCUUAUCACCCACCAGCGCAUCCACACUGGGGAGAGGCCCUAUGAGUGUGGGGAAUGUGGGAAGAGCUACAGCUGCAGCUCCCACCUCAAUACCCACAAACGUGUCCACACUGGGGAGAGGCCCUACGAGUGUCCCCAGUGUGGGAAGAGCUUCUCAGACAAAUCUAACUUGACCAGACACCAACGGAGGCACCAGGGGGAAAAGCCCUACAAGUGCUUGGAGUGUGGGAAGAGCUUCAGCCGGAGCAACAGCCUGAUCCUCCACCAGAGGACCCACAGUGGGGAAUGGCCCUACGAGUGUGGGCAAUGUGGGAAGGGCUUCAGCUUCAACUCCCAACCCGUCAUCCACCAGCGCAUCCACACUGGGGAGAGGCCCUAUGAGUGUCCUGAGUGUGGGAAGAGGUUUCAGAGGAGCUCCACUCUCCGUGUGCACCAGCGGAUUCACACGGAUGAGAGGCCCUUCCGCUGCCCCGACUGUGGGGAGGGCUUCAAGCGAAACUCCAACCUCAUCACCCACCAGCGCAUCCACACUGGGGAGAGGCCCUACGAGUGUCCCCAGUGUGGGAAGAGCUUCAGAAACAGCUCUAAUUUGACCAUUCACCAGAGGACCCACACUGGGGAGCAUCCCUAUGAGUGUGGGGAAUGUGGGAUGACCUUCAGUCAGAGGUUCCAUCUGACCAUCCACCAGAUGAUCCACACUGGGGAGAGGCCCUACGAGUGUCCUGAGUGUGGGAAGAGGUUUCAGAGCAGCUCCACUCUCCUCAGGCACCAGCGGAUUCACACGGAUGAGAGGCCCUUCCGCUGCCCUGAGUGCAGGAAGGGCUUCAAGCGAAACUCCCACCUCAUCACCCACCAGCACAUCCACACUGGGGAGAGGCCCUACAAGUGUGGGAAAUGUGGGAAGAGGUUUCAGACCAGGUCCAGUCUCCUCAAGCACCAGCAGAUUCACAUGGAUGAGAGGCCCUUCUGCUGCCCCGAGUGCAGGAAAGGCUUCAAGGACAACUCCACCCUCAUCAGGCACCGGCGCAUCCACACUGGGGAGAGGCCCUACGAGUGUCCUCAGUGUGGGAAGAGCUUCAUCCAGAAAUCUCACUUGACCCAACACCAACAAAAGCACGAUGGGGAGAAGCCCUACAAGUGCUUGGAGUGUGGGAAGAGCUUCAGCCAGAGCAACAGCCUGAUCUGCCACCAGAUGAUCCACACUGGGGAAUGGCCCUACGAGUGUGGGGAAUGUGGGAAGGGCUUCAGCUGCAGCUCCAACCUCAUCCGUCACCGGCGCAUCCACACUGGGGAGAGGCCCUACGAGUGUGGGGAAUGUGGGAAGAGCUUCAGCCAGAGAUCCCACCUGAUCAUCCACCAGAGGACCCACACUGGGGAACGUCCCUAUGAGUGUGGGGAGUGUGGGAUGACCUUCAGCCAGAGGUCCCAGCUGACCAUCCACCAUCUCAUCCACACUGGGGAGAGGCCCUACGAGUGUGGUGAGUGUGGGAAGAGGUUUCAGACCAGCUCCACUCUCCUCCUGCACCAGCGGAUUCACACG